UACUGUAAAUUGCUCAAAAUGUACAAAUCUAUAACCGAUGGAGAGAAUAAGAUAAGAGACAUAAAGAAUUGAAGGUCAAAGCGAAGCGAAACAAACAUCUUUUGUCGUUACAGCAAAAACUGAUUUUAUCUAUCAUUCAAAGAUUAUUCCGCUGUAUAUUAAAUUCUAUUUUGUUUCUGUCUAUUGUCGAGGAUUAAUCGUAGCAGGAAGAGACAAGAACGGAUUCUUGAUAUAAUAUAAGAAUCAAGGUAUGUUCCGGAUACCAAAGCCUACAAUGCCUGUACCAACUACAACAAUUACCAAACGGUUCAAGCAGGCUCAAAAUUGUCUUUAUGCAUCCUAUGAAUGCACACAAUCUUGUCUGGAAGGAUAUUCAUAUUGCGCUAAGCACAUUCUUGAGGAUUCCAUUGCACCUUACAAACAAUGUGCAUUUGUAUACAAUACUAAUGGAAGAAAGUGUCAGAAUCCAGCCCCAAAAUUAGAUAGAAGAGAUGUCUCAUACUGUGGUGAACAUUCUAGAAAAGCACAAAUUGCACGGAUCAAAUCGACAUCACGGCGUUCUUUACCAGAAACACCUGAAAUGCUGCUUCUUAAUUUAAGCCAUUAUGUCAAGUCGGUUGAUUCUACUGUUGAGGAUACAGAAGAGGAGAAACGGAAAGUGAAAGCUUUAGAUCCUUUCACUGAAGUUGAUGCUUAUAGAGUAAAUGCAAGUGGAAGUGACAUAUUAGAUUAUGCCAGUUCAUCAGAAAGUGACGUUGAACCUACAGCUGUUACUGAUACCCUGAGAGGAGUUUAUCUUGAUGAUAGUGACAACGAAAGUUUAUAUAGUCCACAAGAAGAUCCUCUGAAGCAUGCCGGCAUCUUCACCGCAGAAGAGGUAAUUUAUAUCUCGAGAGAAAAACUGAUUAGACUUCAAUCUCUUUAUAUCGAUCAAUUCAGAAGACUUCAAUAUGUACUAAAGGAAAAAAGACGGAAAUAUUUACUCGCUUUGAAGAAAGAAAAAGAAACAUUAUGUAGUAUACACAACCAAAAAAGAGAAACUGCAAAAGAGAAAAAGCUUUAUGAGAAAUUAAAGGCUUUAAAUCGCUAUCACAGACGGAGUGGUGUUGAAGCGAUACUUUACAGGAAAUCAUUAGAACGUCGCGCACAGGUAACUGAGCCUCUUCAAAAACCACCCAAUAUAUCGAAAUGCGUAUUCACCGAAGGUGGCGUAAAAUGUGGUGAAAGAACGCUUCCGUCAGCUAAGCAUUGUCGUAAACAUAUUUUAAAGGAUCAACAUCAAGUUUUAUUCAAAGCAUGUGGAGCUGUACGAGCGGACAUCGAAUGUCACGAACCUGUGCCGGUGAUUUUUGAUUCCAAUUGUGUAUUUCACAUGGACUUGCCGCCAUCGUGCAAACUAGAACCUAUGAAGUUUGAGGAGGAGAAACCUGUAAAACAAGAAGCAUCAAUGAUCGACAGUCAAUCGAUGGAAAUUGACGUGGUGGGCGAAGCGCAAGAAAUCGAUCCCGAUGAUGAUAUGGCGGGAUUGAUGAGGGAAAUGAAUGAUGCUGCUAAUUUAAAACCUUCGUUUGCAAAUGAGAGUUUGAAUAGUGAGACUAGUACGGAUACGGCGUUCAGUUUGUCAGCGCAGAUGAGCGAUCGGGAUGAUUUUGUCAAUGUAUAAUAAAAUAUAAAUGAUUUUCAAAGGGAA